UGGCUUUGGGCAUGCUACGACAAAAUGACGUUGCAUGGAACUUACCUGGCUAGGCGGGAGAACCAUUAUUUGUCGGCUGCGUCCAGGUGGCUUGAAAUCGGCGCCAAAGGCACAUGCUGCUGCUGUCAAAGGCAGCGGGACGGCCGUUCUGCUAACCGGCCGCAAAUGCAACAUGGCCCUUGGCUGUGCACUAGCUCUGUCUGUUGUGUCGUUGUCAUUCUCGUAUCGUCGACAGCCGCUGAUUAUUAGAUAAGUGAGCAGAUUCACACGUACUAUCGGACCGGCUAUAAUUUUUUUGAAGCUCGUUUUUUUCAGUGCAUCGAUCGUGUUUUGCCUGUGAAGUCGUGUCUGUGAUGUGUGUUGUGUCAAGUAGGAAUGCAUCCCAGUGCAUCUAGUCACUCCCCUGUACUGGGCGAACUUGAGGAUUACCUGCACGAGAUACGAGGUCGCGACGUAGAAUCACGAGAUACGGAUGAUGUCUACACGCAAUUGGCGCAGAAAGAGAAAGACCUCCUUCUGGCAGCGGAGAUUGGCAAGGAACUUCUGGAACGGAACUCCGACCUGAGCCGGCAGAAUGAGAGGCUUACAGAAGAAUACUCAAGGAAGCUCGAGGUCUUGGAACAAGAGAAACAUGCCCUUCGUCGCAAGCUGGAGUCCCUCACGGGCGAGAGCGACGGCAAAGUGGGGGACCUACAAGCCGACCUGGCUCAGACUCGCAGUCAGCUUGAAGACAAUCAGGCCCUGCUGCGCUCCCUCGACAAAGAACGGGCCCGACAGAUACAGGAGCUGCGGGAACAGAACAGCCGACUUACAAACGAGCUCAAGUCAGCGCACAGGGCCGAGGAACAAGCGCGGCAGCAGUACCAGGCACUGAGGCAGCAACUUACUUUGAGGAGGUCUAACCUCGAUGACCACGUGUCUCAGCUCGAGGGACUGAAAGAAGAGAUAACGAUGCUGACAGAUCGGAAGGCGGACCUAGAGCGGCGAAUCACGAGCCUCAUGGAUGAUCGAGAGAACUUGAGUCUGUCCUUAGAAGAGUCUGGGGACAGGAUCCUGCUGCUCGAACAACAGAGGCUAGACUAUGAGUUACAGAUUCGCCAACAGCAAAGGAGCAUGGAAGAACUACGGCUGCAGAACGAACAGCUCCAGGAGCGCUUGGACAACGUAAUGCGUCAUCGUUCUUCUUCCCCCAUUCCAAACUCUGGUUACGCGCAGACGUCCCUUUACAACGAGAUCGAAAUGUUUUCAAGCUCCUCGGCAGAUGACGAGUUACGAUCUCUGAACGGGAGUCAGGGUCGCAGGAGCAGGCAGCAUUCGCAACCUGGCAGCUCAUCCUUAGGAUUCGCCGGCGAUGACGAUGAAAUCGACAACGAUUCUGAGUUUACGAGCGAAGAUGAAAAGAUGCGGCAAGAACUCGCCCACAUACUUCAAGAGCUUCAGAGACUGUGCUGCGAGGUACGACGGCACCACGCUGUUGCCUCCAUGGCUGUUGAUACGGCAGAUAGCGGAGUGCCGGCAUCGCCAGCUGAGAUAAACCCGCGAGACGUCACCCCAGCCCUGCUGUCCAGUGUCCUGGCUGACCUUCGUGCUCUCUUUCAAGAUCUCCUUACGGAAUCCGGCAUGUGCCAGGCUUGCCAAACAGUAAUUCAAGAACGUGAAGAGACCGAACGUCUGCGCCGUGAGCUCGGUGAAAAAACUGAAGAGGCUCGCAGGCGAGGAGAGGAACUAGCAGAAGCCCACAGGUUACUCAGUAUACGUGACACUGAGGCUGGGGCCCUCAGAGAGGAACGCGACCACCUACGCGGAGACAUGGGCAGCAGUACCAUGGGCAAAGACGAGAUUGUGAAGAUGGCUUGGGAUGCUAGAGACCAGGCUGUGGCACGUAAAAACACCGUAGAGAUCGAGCUGGCAAAGACGAGAAUUGAACUCAUGCAUAUCAGCAGCCAACUGAUGGAAGCCAUUCAGCAAAAGGUUGAGCUGUCUCAACAACUAGAACAAUGGCAGGUUGACAUGCAAUCUCUGUUGGACGAGCGUGUCAGGAAGCAGCUACGCAACCAGGAAAGGGAGGACAGGCGACGGAAAACAAAUGUGACCUCUCGAUCGCAGCAGAAUGGUGCUAACACGGGUGGAAAGUUGUUUGGACUUUGGAAGAGACAACAAGUGUCCACCUGAGCACAGCAACACUGUAGCGUGGUGACGUUGCAGUGCUUUGUACAUACGUCUAAGAUGCUGCACACAACAAUGAUGAUGAUCAUGAUAGGCCAUCAUCGCACUGCUUACGAGGGAGAUAGCCUUUUUGCCUUUUCCCCACCAGGCUACGACGUUGACCGUGACUGUUCACGUGAUCACUUGUUCCAGUUCUGAAACGCUACUGUGAUGAGUGAUUCCUUAAAAUGUAUCUAGUGUUGCUGCUGAAAGGUUUUUCUCUGUUGCUUUUCUGUAUUUUGACUUCCACCAUUGUGGUUCCUUACUCAGACCAAGUCCAGAUGUAUGCACAUUAGAUGGCAGUCACCCUAGGUGCAGAUUUACACAUCAGCACUUGAUAUGCAAAGGAAAUUGUCGGGAACACUUAGCGGACAGACCUUAAUCUUGCUUCUUCCACAAGGUGGCUACACCGUACACUACCAGCACUAAGGGUGCAGGCAAUGGCAAGUACAGCACAGAACACUAUAUGUCGCUCGCUUGACGGAGAUGCUGGGUCAGCAUCGUUUUUUUCGUUCCUGAUGCGACAGCUUGCAAGGCAAGAGAUGUGUUCAUUCGAAAGUGUUGAGGUGCUAACCACGUUUUGCAUUUCUCCGCUUUUUCUAAACUGGAACGAGACUUUACACGUUGUGAUUUGAAACUGUUAAAACUAACUGUGGUGUUUUACAAUGAAAAACGAUCAAAUAUCUUCACUGUUUUUGUGGCACACUAUUGUGUGCCUUGUUUGGAAUCCAGUUACUGGAACCGCUUUACUUGUAAAUGUUGACUGGUGAUCCCUUCCCGAAUGCACGACAAAGAGGAUAAGUGCUCAUAGCCUUACUACAGGAAAGUAGUUGUACCUGAAAGCAGCCACCUAAGCAUUUCAUAUACAGGGUGUUUCAUAAAAACUAAGCCAAAGCAAAGAAAAAAAAAAAAAAAGGUUCAUCGCACACCAAAAAGACUGACUGCAUAGUGUUACUAGUGAUGUGAGGAUACUCAAACUAUUUCUGUUUUGUAAUUAAUGAAUUAGUCAGCUUUUUAAUUAUAAGAAUUAGAGCCAAAAUGUCAAUGAGAAAGUUGUAGCGGGCAAUACGCCAACACAAAACCUGUUGAUUGCACCUUUCUACCUCUAACGGGUUUUUUGCAAACCCGAAAGUUAGUCUUUCGUGCCGAAAAAAAAGGAUUCGUUAGAGGUACAAAGUUGCAAUCAAUGGGUUUCGUGUCGUUGUAUCGCCCACCAAAUUUCUAAUUAACAUUUUGUCCCUAAUCCUGGUAAUUAAAAAACUAAUUAAUUUCACUUAAUUACAAAAAUAGUCUGAGUAUCCUCACAUCACUGGUAACACUGUGCAGUCCCUCUUUUUGGUGUGCGAUGUAGCAUUUUUUAAAUAAAAACCUUAGCUAAUUUUUGUGAUGCACCCUGUGUAAAAACAACUGACAGAAUGUGUUUGAUCCCCAUUGCAUAAGAAGCACAACUACAGCUGUAGUACUUUGUUUGAGAAUUAUGGCUCUGGUACGCAAACUCAUCCGUCCAGUAGUGCCUUCGUCAAUGGCUUUCAUUUGGAAACCCCAAACGGAAACAAAACGUGGCUGAGGUAUGUGUUUGCAGAGUUGCAAAAUUAUUUUUGAGACAACCUGUGCCUCUAACUUAGUGAGCAAACUUUUCCCCCUCGAUUGCUAGUUACGAAAGAGAACAAUUAUUCCACUCAACAGUAUAUAUUUAUUACGAUGUAAAUAGAUACAGUGUAUUAUAUAUGUAUCUCGACUGUACAGUAUCUUCUAUGACAGGCAUAUUGAUUCGUUAUACCUAUGUAUUCUGUUAUGAGGUAAAUUUACAUGCCCAGCUAGCAAAUGCCUGUUGCAUAUGAAGACCAUCCCAGUGACAAUUGGCUGAACAUGUGCUUGCAUUGGCUUCUUUUAGUGCAUCUGCCACUUGAGUCAAAUAAUGAAGUAUGUCGAAUGACAAAAAAAUAAAUAAAUAGAAGAAUCCCUAUGA